CAUUCUAUUUUGCUAAAAUGAACAGUAAUUCAAAAAGCAACAUGAAUAUGUAUGAAUGCGAGAGCGAGCUACGAAGAGGGCCAUGGACUCUUGAAGAAGACAAUCUUCUCAUCCAGUAUGUUUCUUCUCACGGUGAAGGCCGCUGGAAUUCCUUAGCCAAAUUUGCUGGGCUGAAGAGAACAGGAAAGAGUUGCAGAUUAAGAUGGCUCAACUAUUUGAAGCCUGACAUUAAGAGAGGAAACCUCACCCCUCAUGAGCAGCUCUUGAUUCUUGAACUCCACUCCAAAUGGGGAAAUAGGUGGUCGAAAAUUGCACAGCAUUUGCCAGGAAGAACAGACAACGAGAUCAAGAAUUAUUGGAGAACAAGGGUGCAGAAGCAAGCCCGACAGCUCAAAGUGGAUUCCAACAGCAAGAAAUUCCUCGAAGCAAUCCGCACGUUUUGGAUGCCAAGAUUAAUGGAGAAAAUGGAGCAAAUUUCGCCGCCAAUGUCACCUCCCUUCGCGGUCCCCUCAUCGCCGGCCAUAAGCCAGCUGGCGCCUCCGGAUUCUCUCUGUCUGAAUCCGGUGAAAAUUUCAGACACUAAUAAUAUCCUGCUCGAGCAAAUCUCAAGCCCCUCUAUGAACUUAACGGCGGUGAAAAAUCAGCCGGAAAUUCCAAUUGAGGAAAGUUAUUACAACGUGGGAUUUCCGAGCUGCUACGAUGACAUGCAGGGGCAGGAGAUCCUUGUCCCAGACUGCCACGUGGCGGAGAUUGAUUGGUUCGGGGAGGAUCUGUGCAGCACCUUUUGGAACACGGAUGAGUUGUGGCAGUUUAGGAAGUGAUCAGAAUUGGGAAGAUCCAUGUAGAUAGAUAUUUCUACUUACCUAAUUAGGAAGUCUCUUAAUUAAUCUGAUAGGUAAUUAAGUGGCUCUUGCUUUUAGUAGGGCCAACAAAAAGGUCUGUAUUAAGUGAUGUAUAUUAGGUUUAAUCAAGAACUUAGGUUUUAUAUUAGUUCUAACUAUGUAGUAGUAAUAGAUUGGGGUGUUCUCUAAUCUUUAAUGUAAGGCUUUCUACUUUUUCUCCUUUGUGUGGUCUAAUCAAACUUUGUUCUCACA